AUGUAUUCAACAUUAAUUCAAGCAUGUCUUAUGUGUGCAGCAUUAAUUCGCUUCAAAGUAUCUGAUUUUCACAAUGAACGUCGUGAUGUUCAAAUAGUAUUUUUAAAUAACGGCUAUUCAAUCAAUUUUAUAACAAAACAUGUUGAGCAAUUGUUCCAAGAUUUUCAUAUUUCCAAUUGGAAAUCAAAUUUAAAUCAAAAUACCUAUGAUAAAAUGCGUGAAGAAAUUAUCGAGCAUGAUCAACAACAUCAAGAAAUGAAAAUAAAACAAAGAUGA